AUGACUCUAUCAAUGGAGUGGUGGCCGAAGUUGAUGACGGUGGCUUGGUGGAGGCGCAGACACGUGGUGCAGCAAGGAAGCGACAGAUCCUGGAGGUUGCAGCUUCGUCGAGGUCGGUGUGGUGGAGUCGGUGGCUCUCCGUGUGUUUGUAGCGCGGUUUUGAAUCGCAUUGUUGUUCACCGGCUAGAGUCAUGGCAACUUCUGAUCCGGUUAUGUGAAGAUGGUUAUGGAGAAAGAAGAAUGUUGCUUAUUGGAAGAUUAUGGUGUUGUCCGGUGCAUUGUCAAAAAAGGCAAAGGAACUUCCUUUUGGCAUUCACAAUGGUUGAGAAUGCAACUCUGGUGGAUGCUUUUCCUGAAAUAUUUGAAAUAGCCAACUGUGCAAGUUGUUGCAUAGUAGAUGUUGGCAACUGGGUAGAUAAUGUGUGGACACGGAACCUAAUUGAUUUAGUGAACAACAUGGAUGUCAUUGAUCAUGUUAUGUGGGAUGAUUUCAAGGUUGUGGUGCAGGCGGCCAAUCUGGUGGAGCAUAAGGCUGAUACAUACAUAUGGAUGAGAGCAGCCAAUGGUAUCUUCAAGGUAAAAUGA